UUCACUCCUAGGGAUCCUCCACACACCUACGGCGGUUUGUCUGGUGAGCCGUCGCAAGGUCUUUCCCUUGGGGGCUAAGGUUGCCGUGUCUCAAAUUUCUCUCCGGGGUAGCCCCCUCGUAGCCUGUGCCGAACACACGACCAGACCGCAGCGCACAAACCACGAGAGGAGAGAGGAAGAAACAGACCAGUCAUUUAUUUGACAGACGAGACUCAGCAGCCGUCAUUUCGAGCAGUAACACAGCAAGCUGACCUCGCUUAGGUCACAAGUAGACCGAGGAGCGCGGCUGAUGAGCAGCAAGUUCCCCCGGUGCUAGCUCGGCGUGUUGUGUGACACCACACUCAUUCGGAAGCCGUCUGGCUCUAUCCAGUGAUGGCAAACGCCGACCAGGCCAGCUGUAAUUUGGAGACGGAUGCGGCUCUAGCCAUGGAAUACAUCCAGGAUUUCGAUUUGCUACCGUUGGCUCUAGCUGAGGUAAAGCGCGAGGACCAGGCUAACUCACCGGGAAGUUCAUGCCUUCUACAGUGCCAUACCGAUACCUCGACUGUGUCUACGAGCAGCAACAUCGGUAAGGCAAGUGUAGGAAGACGACGCACCCCGCCAACCAGUCUGCCCAACCUCGGCACGGGAUCCCUGACUCCGUUAGUUGAGUCCCCGUGCGUUAAUGUACCCCAUUCACCGGACGACCUGGCACUUAUACCAAGUCCCGUUGACAUGGAGUACAAACCGAGCCUCGAUGAGCUGUAUUGGAUGUCUAGCAUUCAAUCCCUCACCACCAUCAACAAUCUACAGCUGAUGUCCCCGGUCUAUGAUACGGGUGAGAUGUCGGCACUAUGCCCUUCCGAUCCUGACUACGACAAAUAUUCGGACUGUUCCGAGACGCAGGCCCGCGAUGAUGACGACGAUGAAGAUGAAGAAGAUGAUGAUAGUAAUUCAUCCGCUGCAGACUCGGACAGUACCGACCCAGGCGCUCCCGCCGUGACUAAACCUACUAAAGACAUUUUCACUCUGUACCGUGAUGACGAGUUAGUUCGCUUAACUGUAAGAGAACUCAACCGCCAACUUCGCGGCUACAAGAAAGAAGACGUUAUAAAGCUCAAGCAGAAAAGAAGAACACUCAAAAACCGCGGCUACGCACAGUGCUGCCGUACGAAGCGACUCAAACAACGGCUUGACUUGGAGCACAGUCAACUCUACCUACACACGGAGGUGAACCGACUCAAGAAUGAGCUGGAACGAGUCCAGAAAGAGAGAGAUAAAUACCGGAAAGAGCUUGAACUCUUCAAGACAGCCCGCCUGAGGACGAGCAGUCUGCCAAGUAGCCCAGAGUCGCCUGAGUACUACAUGUAAACUCUUGACUUGAAAACUAAAAACACCUUGCAGCUAUCAACCUUAGUCAGCUUUAUAGUUGGAGUUGUUCCAAUUAUUAAAACAGUACUAAAGUGUUUGACAACGGACUGAGAACUCUCGCCCAAAGGUCUGACAAAAUAUCUUUAUCAUCUAACUGAGGUAAAAUAAUGUCAUUUCCAUGUUUCUAUCUGGAGGAGUAAACGAAGUAAAUGAAGAAUUAUGCAAAUUAGCUUCAAUGGCAUUAUCUGUGACGAAAGGUUGAGUGGAGUUAUCGAUUACGAAUGUACAAAACAAACACAAGGGGGGGGGAAUAUUCUUUAAAAUGACAACUGUUUAAAUGAAGUAAUCCGAGGAACCGGAAACAAGAAUGAAGAAUGUUUAUCAAUAUAACUGGAAAUAGACCGAUUCGAAGUGAGGUAACUGCCAUUGAAGCUGAUAUCAAAAUGUAUUGACUGAUCAGAAAGCCCACCAUUACAAUUUAUAUUAUUUACUUUCAGUCAGUUGUACUGCAGAUGUUCUCAGUAAAACAACACAACUUGAAUUUGACCAAAUUCGUUUAAACAACAUUAUACGAAAGAUCACAUACUGUACAUUGCACACAUAUUAAACUUUAGUCUGUAGUGGGAGAGUGUUUUGUUGGG